UACCAUGAACGCAGUCGUCUUCUUCGUUGGCGCCUCGGGUGGAUGCCUAAUGGCCGACCAGAUGCACAUUGCCGCAACUGCAGCAACAGUCAGCACUUAUCCCGCCACCAUGUUAUUGCAUGUCUUCAAGCUCACCAACGAUCCAAUAUCCCUUAUGGUGUGCCAGAUCCGAUUUCAUACGUACUCGACACUCUUCCCACCAAGAGACCCUAUCAAGCAAACAAGCGACGUCACUGGCAAUGGCUCUGGCCGCGUCUGACAACACUGCUAGCUGAUAUCGAUCGCCUGUGCCACGAC